ACACUGUCUGCAAUCAGCUGAUUGUCGUUUCAUUCGUUUCACAAGUCAAGACGCCGCCGGCUACAGUUUUAUUUACGCUUCCGAACUAUUCGCGAUUACAACAUAACCAUUAAAGUAUGAGUCUCAGGCAGUUUCAGACCAUUUCGCAGCAAGUGUUCAGGUGCUUCUCGACUCGGGCCACAACAAGUCGAAGAAUCCUUGGUCUGGGCCACAUCGAGCUGAGUCAGAGUCAAAGGCAGAAUCUGAAAUUCUGCACGGUCCUCCUGCCAGUCAGUUGUGCGGCCGCCGGCGGUGCCAGUGCCCCCAAGUACUCCACAGCAGCUGCCAUCGACAUGUCUGCCAACGGAGAUUACAAGAACGCCGCCUCUAUCUAUGAGUUUACUGUAAAGGACACCCAUGGAAAUGAAGUGUCGCUGGACAAAUAUAAGGGCCGUGUCGUCCUGGUGGUCAAUAUCGCCUCCAAGUGCGGCCUGACCAAGAACAACUACCAGAAGUUGACCGAAUUGAAGGAGAAGUUCGGCGAGCGUGGCCUCACCAUUUUGAACUUCCCCUGCAAUCAGUUCAACUCCCAGAUGCCGGAGGCCGAUGGCGAAGCAAUGGUCUGCCAUCUGCGCGACUCCAAGGCCGACAUUGGCGAAAUCUUUGCCAAGGUCGAUGUCAAUGGCGACAAUGCUGCUCCGGUCUACAAAUACUUGAAGGCCAAACAGACCGGCACCUUGGGCAGCGGCAUCAAGUGGAACUUUACAAAGUUCCUGGUCAACAAGGAGGGAAUCCCGAUCAAUCGCUAUGCCCCAACCACCGAUCCUAUGGACAUUGCCAAGGAUAUUGAGAAAAUAUUGUAGAUUCAGAUCUCCCCCCAUAACUGUUAACUUUAAAUCGCGCCCUAGAGUGCGUUUUUUUGCGUAGCUUUUAGCUUGUUAUAACCAAAAAAUACAAAACAAAACAGACCACUAUUAAGACUUGGCACAUGCACGCGCGCAUGUUUAUAUAUUGUAUGCUUUGUACGAUUUACCCUUUUAACUGGUUUUUGAUUUUCCCACUCGAACAUACAUAAAUAAACGCCACUUGUGGCUCGUACCUACA